AUGGAAGAAUCACCACAAAGUGUCGGAGAAACUAACAAUCACAACAUUGUUAUUGGUGCUACUGGCUCUACUAUCGCUGAUUGUAUAGAAAUACUCGAUGAUAAUGACAUAUCAUUGCAGACAAAUCAAAGUGUGAAUAUUCAGAGAAAUGAAAGUAUAGAGCUUGAAGAAGAGGCUGACACUGAUCCCGACAAGAUUAUGUACGAAAUCCCAGUUUAUCUCUCCCAAAAACUCUCAAACAAACUCUUUAUAGUUCAACACCCUGUCCGGCCACGCGCAAACCCAUAUAUAGGUAAAAACACACCACGCGAAGCGCGUUUCAAGCCACAUUCGCAAAAGCUCGAACUUGAUAUCCCACUACAAACCACAUCCCAAUGGUAUGAUCGGGAUAGAGGUGCAGAAUUAGCGUUGGGACUUAAUGAUAAAGAAGCUAGAACAAUUUACGAUCGUACAUGGAAACUUGAUCAAUAUGAUGGAUUAUUAGACAAACAAACAUUGCAGUCUACUGUUGUUCCACCACAAGCAACUUAUUGGAUGGGAACGAUGAAGAAUAACGCCCUUCACUUGACACCUGUUCAUGCAACAUUACAAUUACGCCCAGGAUUAAAAUAUCAUGACAAGAUUGAUGAAAAAAAUAGAAAUGCUAAUAAAAAGGCUCAAGUUCUUGAAGAAGAAGAUAGUAUUAAUGAAUUAAAAAGUUCCCGAAUGGCGUCUGAUGAACAAAGCAUUGUUUCCAACAAAGUUAGAGGACCUGGAAAGGGAAAAGUUCCUAUGAAUGCUAUUACGGAUAAAAACACGGAUAAAUCAUUGCUUAAGAAAAACGCCCGUCCAAAAUUACAACGAAUAGGAGAGGAAGAAUCAUGGAUUAAGAUGAGGUAUUAUGAUGCUGAGUCCAUAGAAACAGAUGAAAUAUUUAAUCAAAUUCGCACGAUACAGACCGAUCCUUUGGUGUGUACUACAACUAAUUUAAACGAGUAUCUUGACAAAAUAAGCGCUUUUCCAACGACCGUUAGUGAUGAUCCAAUUGUUGUGGAUGAAAUUGUGAAUCGACCACACAAUAAACUUUCUACUAAUUUGAGGACUGAUUCUAUAUCUAAAUCCACUGAACUUUUACCCGCUAAGCCUCAACUCAAUUCCACUACGAGGCCAGCUCCUAGUAGUUCAAAGAGCUUGAGCUCAAAAGGGACAAGGGUUAGUCCUUCAAGGGGAGCUAGAGGAUCACGAGGAGGAAUAAGAGGAAAACGAGGUAGUGCUUGGACCCGGAUAUCCGGAUAG